AUGAGGCUCCUGUCAACCAGUGCCAUCCGAUUCGCUAAGACCACGGGAGAUAUCGUGGGCAUCGAUCUGGGAACCACCAAUUCUUGUGUAGCUGUUAUGGAAGGUUCUCAGGCUCGUGUCAUUGAGAACUCUGAGGGUAUGCGCACGACACCAUCCGUAGUGGCCUUUACGAAGACGGGUGAGAGGCUAGUUGGAAUGCCAGCUAAACGUCAGGCUGUGACCAAUCCUGAGAACACUCUUUUCGCUACUAAGCGUCUUAUCGGCCGACGAUACAAUGACCCCGAGACUCAAAAAGAUAAGCAGCAAAUGCCCUACAAGAUCGUCUGUGACAAGACUGGUGAUGCUUGGGUUGAAGCCAACAAUCAGAAGUAUUCUCCUUCUCAAAUCGGUGCCUUCGUUCUGAUGAAGAUGAAGGAGACCGCGGAUUCAUUCCUCGGACGUGAAGUGAAGCAAGCCGUUAUUACUGUCCCUGCCUAUUUCAACGAUGCACAGAGACAGGCUACUAAGGAUGCUGGCAAGAUCGCUGGUCUUGAUGUUCUUCGUAUCAUCAACGAGCCCACUGCUGCUGCUUUAGCUUACGGCUGUGAUAAGAAUGAGGGUCAGACUAUUGCCGUAUAUGAUCUCGGCGGAGGCACCUUUGAUAUAUCCAUUUUGGAGAUCUCUGGCGGUGUGUUUGAGGUCAAGGCCACUAACGUGACACUUCUCUCGGUG